UGUCACGUUCUCUUCACGUUAUCGUCACGUUAUCGCCACGCUCUUGUCACGUUCUCUUCACGUUCUCUUCACGUUCUCGUCACGUUCUCGUCACGUUCUCUUCAGUCCAGGGAGUGUGUCCUGCGUCUUUCGUCGUCUGAGUGUGCACUGAAGCGGGAGCUGGACGAGGGGCGUGACUCUCUGCACAAAAUGACCGCCCUGAACUCAGCGCUGGCGUCAGACAAGAGAGAAGUGAACAAACAGCUGCUGCAGCUGGAGUGUGAGCUCUCAAACAGACAAUCACAGCUGCAGGCUCUGAGGUCAGAGGUCACCUCUCUACAGAUUAAGGUCAAGACACUCGGUGCUGACUGUGACCAGCUCAGAGCUCAGAGGGAGGUGGAGGCCGACGUCGUCCACCAGCUGAGAGAAAGAGAGCGAGAGAUGGAGAGAGUGAUGGAGGAGAAGGAGAAAGAGUUGACCUCUGUGCUGGAGGAGAGAGAGAGUGCUGUACGACAGCAGGAGCAGCUGCUUUCACAGUGUGCAGCAGCUCGUGAGGAGCUGCAGGAGGUCAGGAGGCAGCAGCAGCAGGAGGAGCAGAGGGAGAUCAUGAGGCUGCAGGAGGAGGAGCAGAAGAAGACCAGGAGUCAGGAGGUGGAGGAGGAGCAGCAGAAGAAAAGCUGGAGGCAGGAGGUGCAGCAGUUGGAGGAUCUGGAGGAGGUGAGGAGGAGAGAGAGGCGGCAGCAAGAGGAGGAGGAGGAGGAGCUACACCAGCUCAGGUCAGUGUCGGUGUCUCUCCAUCAUCAGCUGUCUCAGCAGCAGAGACAGUUGUCACAGACUGAGGUGGACAGAUGUCAGCUGAUCACGCACAUACACACUCUGCAGCAGGCCAAGCUCACCUUACAGGGAGAGAUUGAGUGUCUGAAAGAAGAGGUGGAGCAACUGAAAAAAAGGAGUGAGGCGGAGAGGGAGGUGCUGAAAGAGAAGAUGGAGAGGUUGACAGCAGAGGUGGAGGAGCUGAGGACGACGAGGAGGGAGGAGGAGCGGGAGAGGAAGGAGGAGAAAGAAGCCUGGCAAAAAGAGAGGGAGGCUCUGAACGAGGAGCUGGGGAUGAGGGACGGAGAGGUGGAAGUUCUGAGGAGGCGCAAAGAAGGACUGACAGAGGAGAAGGAGGAGCGGCAGAGGGAGGUUGAGAGACUGAGGGUGGAGCUGACGGAGAAGGAGGUGCACAUCAGCCACAUGAUGGAGAGAUUCAAACAUUUGGUGGGAGAGAAGGAGAAACUGGAAGAGGAGGUGAAGAGGGCAGAGCUCGGGUUGAGAGAGGAGAAGGUGAAGAUGGAGGAAAGGAGGGAGGAGGAGAGGCAGAGGGACAGAGAGAUAGAGGCGCUCUGUGACCAGAUGGAGAGAUUAGAAAAAGAGAAACAGGAGAGGGAGGAGGUGGAGAAGGAGUUCAACAGACUGACAAAUAAGAUCUCUCAACUCGAGGAGGAGAGGGAGGAGGUGGAGCGACUGAGGAGUGCAGCAAGGACGGCCGAGGAGGAGGUGGAGAGAUGGAGAGCCAGAGUGGAAGAGGUGGAGAGGGAGAAGGAGGAGCAGAGGAGACAGAAAGAGAGACUGCAGGAUGAAAAGGAGGAGGUUGUUGGACAAAUGGAGGAGAUGAAGAAGGAGAAGGUGCAGGAGGUGGAGCUCCUGAUGGUGAGGUUGAGCGUGGCACAGGAACAGUGUGAAGAGAUGAAGGAGGUGGUGCAGCAGAAGGAGUGCAGCCUGGAGCAUCAGAUGAGCGCUGUGAGGGAGAGGGAGCAGGAGGUACAGGAGCUGAAGGAGUGCCUGAGGCUGGUGGAGGAGCAGGAAGUUGAUGGAACAAGGGAGGUCCAGGAGGUGAAGGCGAAACUGAAGCAGACGGAGGAGAGGGAGGAACAGCUGGAGGAGCUGCUGAGAGAAACCUGUGCUCUCCUGGAGAAAGAGAGGAGCGAGGGAGGAGACAAAGGCGAGAACAUCUCCCUACUGACCAGGGAGCUGCAGGAGGCGCAGGCCGAGAGUGAGGAAGUGAAGAGGAGAGCUCAGCAGAAUGAGGAGGACAACAACAGGCUGAAGGAGGAGGUGAAGGAGUGGCAGGAAAAUGUGGAACUCGGCACAAGAGAAAGGACCAAGCUCUGUCGUCUCCUGAAGGAGCGGGAGGAGGAGGUGCAACAGCUGAAAGACUUGUUAGAGAGAGAGAAGGAGAAGAGGCAGGAGGCGGAGGAGCUGAGGAGAAUGGAGGAGGACAGAAGGAAGAGGCUCGACGUCAAAGUGAUGGAGGUGAAGGAGCAAAAUGGAAGGCUGGAGGAGAAAGUGAGGGAGGUGCAGGAGGAGCUGGAAGAAGAGAGGGAGGUGCUUUGGAGGACAAAGGAGGAGAAGAGGAGACUGGAGAACAAACUGAAAGUUCUGGAAGAGAAGAGAAAAGGAGAGGAGGAGGAGCUUAGUGGAGUGAUGGAGGAGAAGAGUAGGAUGGAGAGUGAGCUGAGACAGAAGGUCAAAGAAAUGUUGGCACAGAAGGAGGUGCUGAGGAGCAAAGAGGAGGAGGAGAGGAAACUAGAAGAUGAACUGAGGAAGGCCAAAGAGGAGCAAGAAAAAAUGAGUAUACAGAGACAUCAGCACCUCCUGGGGGAGGAGAGAGGGAGGGCAAGGGAGAGAGAGCUGGAGGAGGAGAAGGUGGGCCUCCUGGUGGAGCUGAGAAGGAGACGACAGGAGGUGAAAUCUCUGAGGGAGGAGCUACAGAGAGAGAGAGAUGAGGUACAGGAGGAGAAGAGGAAGAGGAGAGAUGAGGAAACGAAGGAAAACACAGCUAAGGAGGAGAUUCAGGAGAAGCUGAGGACAACUGAGAAGGAGGUGACCAAUCUUAAGCAGGAGAUCCAGAAGGCGCAAAGCAGGAGGGAGGAGGUAAAGAUGGAGGUGUCUGCUCUCAGAGAGGAGGUACAGGAGGAACAAAGGGAGAAGAAGGAGGUGCAGGAGCAGCUGGAGAAGAUCAAGGAGAAGGUAACGGUCAUUACAGAGGAGGUGCACAAGGAACGAAGGGAGAAGGAGCAGAUGCAGGAGGAGCGUGGGAGGAGGGAGGAGGUACAGAUGGAGAUGAAGAUGGAGGUGUCUGCUCUCAGAGAGGAGGUGCACAAGGAACGAAGGGAGAAGAAGGAGGUUCAGGAGCAGCUGCUGAGGACCAAGGAGGAGGUCCUGGUCAUCACAGACAAGGAUCGCAGGGAGAAGGAGCUGUUGCAGGAGGAGCUAGUGAAGAUGAAGGCGGAGCUGAGGAGAGAGGAGCACAGUGAGAAGGUGAAGGAGGAGCAGCUGAACUUCCUGCAGAGUCAGGUGUUAAAACUGAGUGGGCGCAGAGAUGGAGUUCAGCAGGAGGAGCAGGAGAAGCAGCAGAUGAAGCAGGGACUGAGGGCUGCACUGGAGGAGAUGACCAACCUCAAAGUCCUCCUGCAGGAGAGCCACGCAGAGGGGGAGCGUCUGAGGAGCGUUCUGACGGAGAAGAAGGAGGAGGUGGAGCGGGUCAGAGGGGAGAACCACAGGAGCAGCAGGGAGGAGGUGCUGCGGCAGAGAGGAGAAGUGGAGGAGCUGAGAGCAAGAGCAACUGUCCUGGAGAGGAGGAAACAGGAGGUGCUGGGGGAGUUGGAGGAGGCUCAGCAGAAGAAGGAGAAGGCAGAGCAGGAAAGAAGGGAGGCCGAGGAGCAAUGGAGGAGUAGAGUGGAGAAGAUGGAGGAGCAGGAUGUGAAGCUCAGAGCUCUGCUAGGAGAAAACCUGACACUGAAGGAGGAGCUGGAGGAGACACAGAGGGAAGUGAAGGAGAUCAGAGCCACGGCAGCCAUGUUGGAGGAGCAGAGAACUCAGAUGUUCUCUGUGCAGGAGGAGAACGAGGAGCUGGGGAGGCAGGUGUACACUCUCACUCAGAGGACAGAGGAACUGGAAGGCGACAGGAAUCGUGUUCGAUUGGCUCUGGAGAGAACUGAGGCCAUUAUAGUCGGCUACGAGGGGAGAACCAACCAAUGGGAGCGGAGCACAGGGGCGGAGUCUAAUCCAGACCUGCAUGUGUCAGACAGACUGACGUCUCUUCAUCAUCACGUUGCUGAACUGGAGCUGGAGAAAACACAACAGAGCAAGAAAAUCUCACAUCUGGAAAAUCAGAGAGAGAAACUGAAGAGAGAGAGGAAGACACUGAGAGACACACUGAGAGAGGUGGAGCAGCAGCGUGUGCAGCUGAGGCAGCAGAUGAUUGACAGCAGCAGAUCUCAGGUCUUGACAGACUCCACAGAAGAAGAACACCUGAGGAGGAGAGUGAUGGAGCUGGAGGACCAGCUCAGUCAGCUUCGCCUCUUAUUGGCUGCAGACCAGCAGCACAGGGCGGAGUUUAUCGAGCAGUCGACCAGGAACAGCGAGUGGCUGCUCUCGCUCCGACACGAGCUCAGGGAUUCGCUCGCCAUUGUCACUCACCGUCCAAUCCCGUCAGUCCUGGAGUCGGAGGCGGAGCGAUUGGACCGCAGCCUGAGGGAGGAGGAGCUAAGGAUGACCCUCAGCCAAUAGUAACGCCUUGAGUUAUUUAUUAGUUAACAAACGUGAAUCCACUCGUCAACAGACGACAGUUAUUGAUAUUAUUUAUAUUAUUACAAAUAUGUUUCCCAUGAUCCUCCAGUGUGAGGGGAGACUCACGCUCAGGUCACAUGUGCAUUUGUGUAUAUUUUAAUAAAGUAUUUUUUUAACAGAAA